UUCGAUUCUACUUCUUCUACCCUUGGUUGAAUUUUGGAACUGUUAUGGAAGUCGGUUGGAUUCAUGCAUCCUCAUUGACUAUCACAUUAAAUCAUUCAAUGAACCUCCUCAUUAAAACAUUUUAACUCAAAUAUAAAUAAUCUUUCGACACCCUAAAAUUCUCAAAACCAUAAACAUAUACUUCUCUUAACAAAACAUACAUACAAAGGGAAUAUACAAUUACAUCACAAAAAAAAAAGAAGCAUGAAUUACUUUAGGAAUAACUUCAAGUUUUGAGUCAUAUUCGCAAAAAAAAACCUUAAAUAAGUUAGUUUAAUUAAGAAUAUUAUAAAACAAAACAUUUGAAUUAAAAUAAAUAUUAAAAAUAUAAUGUUAUUUAUCAGAGAAUAGUGAAAUUUACUGUCAUUAUAAUUCAAAACAAAAAAUAAUUAUAAUGAUCUCAUAAGUCUUUCAUUAUUUUUUCGUUUAUAAUAUUUUUUAAUCUAUCAUAAUUUUAAAUUACUUCAUAAAUUAUUAUAAAAUCACUUUUAUUAUAACUUCCCGCCCGUAGGGCGGCCCGGCCCUAGUUGUAUAUAAGGUACAGUGAUUAUUAAAUGUACUAUCAUAAUAUCCUUGAUUAAUGAUUAUCCCUAAUUGUACUUGGCUUUAGUUUUAGGAUUGUGCAGUCCUAAUUCGUUUAGGAAUUGGUGUGCUUGGUAUAAAUUAAUAAGUACCCAACCUAUUCAAGUGGAGAUUUAAAUCAACAAAUAUGGAUCUCAAAAGAAGGAAGCAUGGAAAGGAAAACGAAGUUGGAGGUGCAAUUAACAAAUUACCAGAGGAUCUACGUUGUCACAUCUUGUCUUUCCUCUCAACAAAAGAGGCAGCUUCAACAUCGGUUCUGUCCAAGAGCUGGCGAGAUUUGUUUACAUUACUACCUAGUCUUGAUCUUGAUGACUCCACCUUUAUGCCUGAUCAAAGACCCGAAGAAUGCAAACGGACUAGCUUCAUGGAGUUUGGGAACAGAGUUCUUGCUCUUCACUCCAAUUCUCCCAUUACAAAAUUCUCUGUCAGAUGCCAUAAAGGUGUAGACAGCUAUCUUGUUGGGGAUUGGAUAGUGAAAGCUCUGAGGCGUGGAGCAACAGAUGUUACCUUAAUAUUACUCUUCCCUUCGCGCCUACUACACACAUGCACUCAUCCUAAUAUCUUCUUCCAUGGCCAAAACUUGAUUAAGCUAAAAGUAGGAUGUGGAGGACUCGGUCCAUUCCAACACAGUCUGUUUCGUGAAGACGUUAUCUUUACAAAACUUAGAACGUUGCAUCUCAAUUCCAUUGAUAUCAGUCGUCAUUAUGGAGAUGUCAUAUUUGCUCGGCUUCUAUCUAAAUGUCCCGUGCUUGAGGAGUUGAUUGUAAAUUGUAUAAAAUGGCACGGUUGGAUAUCGGGUGCAUCAGUGUCUUCCUCGACCCUCAAGAGACUAACUAUUGAUUGUGAACAUUAUUACCAUGAAUCGGACUAUAUGUUACGGCACGGUCCAGAUGAGGAAGAUAGUUGUUUAAUCUUGAGCAGUGAUAACCUUGGAGAGCCACUGGUCGUACCCGCUCACUUUGGUACCCAGAAGCCUCGCUUUGUUUCAUUUGAUACUCCAAACCUCAUCUACUUAAACUACGCAGAUUUUGUUGCGUUGAACUAUGCGCUUGUCAAAUUGGAUUCACUCGUCGAAGCUAGGCUCGAUGUUGGACCGAACCAAGGUCAGAUGCGUGCAAGAGAUUCAGACGAAUUUGAAGCUCCUUGGGAUGCCACCAAUCUUAUCAUGGGAAUACAUAAUGUCCAAACCCUGCACUUAACUUCUGAUACGCUUGAGGUUUUCUCUUUCUUCCCUUUUAAUUUUAUUAAUGUGAUUGCAGACUUUUGUAAGAUGGUUCCGGUAUUCCACAAUUUGAAUCAUUUAUCUAUUGAAAGUGACGAUGAACGAGGAUGGCAUGCCUUGCCUCUCUUGCUCAUCAACUGCCCCAGUCUACAAACUCUCGUCUUCCAUGUAAGUCACAUGCAGAACACGCACAAACUAUAUAUGUUUUAACAAUUUGUAUGUUACCGUGUCUUUAUGCCCCUUCCUUCCUUCCUUCCUCAGGGUCUGUACCACCGUGUUACGGAUGGAUGCGGAGAUGCUUGUGACUGUAUCUCUCCUUGGUCUUCUUCUUCGUGUUUAUCAUCUUGUCCUGUGAAGAUCUUGAAGAUAUUAAACUUUGGUGCAACUUGUGGAGAGAUGUCAUUAGUCAAGCAUUUCCUCAAGAAAAUGCCUUUGCUUGAACAACUGGCCAUCGUAUUAGACUUGGAUGCCUCCUUAGAGGAGGACUUGCGUCUCUCUCAAGUCUUCGAGGAUCUGAGGAUGGCCCCGAGAGCUUCACCAAAUUGCAAGUUGGAAGUCGUUAACUAUUAGUAGUUCUGGUUUGAAUUCUUUCUGUAGCCAAUAAUACCUUAAUUAAUGUCCCUUCUUUUAAGUUUUGAUUAUUUAAUAAAAAAUCUUUCUCAACGGGUCUAUCAGUAAGCUCUACUUGGAUUGACGUUCAUAUGAUCAGUUAAAAACAAAACCAUCAGAGAGACUUUCGUUGCAAACAAUUAAUGCCUAGAAUAUAGCCAAGA